AUGCUCGUCCACAAAGACCACCCAGUUGUUCCGUCGGGUUUUCUUGAUGAACCAACAGCGCCAAACACACUUGACCCGCAAACUCGUGAUACGAACGCGGCAACUGAACUUGGCAACGACGCCAGCUCAUUCGUAACGUCUCCAUUUAGCGCAAAAUCACCUUCAAUCGCUAGUUUCUUCGAAGUCUCGAGUGUUAGUGCAGAUGCUUGUACCUUCCCGUCUUCUCUUAUUGUUGAGAGGAAUGAGUUGGGUGAUGGCAACAAUGAAGAGGAUAGCGAGGGUGAUGAAAGUGACCAGGACAAUUAUGUCCAAUGGAGCGUGAAUCCUGAAAAUUCUCGGACGAUCUCCCAGAAGAAAAGAAUGGAUCAGGCGACCCUUCAAAACUUCGCCAAGGCCGUGUCGACAGACUCUCCGUCUAAAAUCUUGGAUGAUCUUUCGGCUGCAGGCCUCAUCAAGAAGAAUGCGACACAGAUUAUAAAAACUCCACGCGAAUAUCAGAUUGAACUCUUCGAAAGAGCCAAGAACAAAAAUAUCAUUGCAGUCCUCGAUACAGGCUCCGGGAAAACUUUGAUUGCUGCGCUAUUACUACAGUAUGUGCUCGACAAGGAAAUAAAUGAACGCGAGAUCGGCAUGCGAAAACGCAUUGCUUUCUUUCUAGUGGACAAAGUGUCGCUCGUAUUUCAGCAGCAUGCUGUUCUCGAGUGUAAUCUAGAACACCCAGUGGCUAAGUUUUGCGGAGAAAUGGUCGACUCGAUGUGGUCUCACGAAUUCUGGAACCGACAAUUUGAAGAAAACAAAGUUAUUGUCUGCACAGCAGCCAUCCUUCAAAAGUGUCUAGCACACUCAUACAUUCGUAUGGAACAGAUCAACCUUCUCAUCUUUGACGAGGCUCAUCAUACCAAAAAGGAUCAUCCUUACGCUCGCAUCAUUAAGGACUACUAUGUUAAAGAGCCGGAUAAGGACAAAAGACCCAAGGUGUUCGGCAUGACCGCUUCGCCUGUGGAUGCCCAAACUGAUGUCAAGGUUGCUGCCGCGCGUCUCGAGGGCCUUCUUCACAGUGAGAUUGCCACAAUCUCAGAGUAUUCCAUCUCAAUGAAUCCCCAUAUUCGUAAGAUCACGGAAAAGGAAGUCCAUUACAACACCCUACCACCCCCAUUCGAGACUGAUCUGUACCGAAAGAUAUCCUGUCUCGUCCGCUACAACCGCCACUUUGGCAAGGAAUUGCUAUUUGCACGCCAGGCUACAUCCUAUCUCGGUUCUUGGUUGUCUGACCGUUUGUGGCAGCUGUUUCUGACAGACGUGGAAAUCUUAAGAUUGACAAACAAAACCGACAUGACUUACUAUGGUCUCGACAUGAAAGGCGAGGAAACAGGGGCUGUCGAAAAACUUCGGGAUGUUGUCAAGGCUCAUGAGUUUACUCCUGUUACCCCAACUCUCAGGCACCUUUCUAUCAAGGUUCUUCGGUUGUGGGAAGAAUUGCAAGCGCGCUUCUCCAAACCCACCGGCCACAAGUGCAUCGUCUUUGUCGACAUGCGAUUGACAGCUUUUCUUUUGGCUGACUUGUUUAAGCAGGAUAGUAUCAAGAUUCCGUACCUUAAUCCGGCAGUUUUGGUCGGAGCCCGUUCCGAUGGUUUCUCCAACACGUCUCUCAAGGAGCAGAUAUUAACCAUCGCCAAAUUCAGGCACGGCGAUGUUAACUGUCUCUUUGCAACUCAAAUUGCAGAAGAGGGAAUCGACAUACCCAACUGUAACCUUGUCAUUCGGUUCGAUUUGUAUAAAUCCGCAAUUCAGUAUAUUCAGUCCAAGGGUCGCGCGCGCCAGAUGGACUCGGAGUACCUCUCCUUCAUCGAGGAAGGUAAUGGAAGGCACAGCAGAGUUGUGGCCCAAGCCAUGUACGAUCAGUCUACGCUGCGAAGAUUCUGCACGGCUCUUCCAGAAGACAGAAAGAUCGCCGGACUGGAUGCUGAAGCCACUAUUCUUCAAGGAGAAUCCCAUUACAAAUCAUACGUCAUUGAGUCUACCGGCGCAAAGUUAACGUGGGGGUCUAGCUUGGAGGUGUUGGCCCACUUCACAGCUUCCUUGCGUAAAUCUAGCCACGAAACGCUUGCACCAGAGUAUGUGAUAGUCAAUCAGGGACAAUACUUUGUUGCAGAAGUUCAACUGCCUCCGCAAUCUCCGGUUCUGAGCAUUAUUGGCUUUCCUCAUAAAAACAAACAAUCAGCACGCUGCUCUGCUGCUUUUGAAAUGUGCAAGUUGCUGAUCAAAAAGCGGUACAUCGACCAUCACUUGCAUUCAGUGUUCGUCAAAAAGUUGCCUGUGAUGCGCAACGCUCGACUCGCCGUCAGUUCCAACCGAAGGACAGAGUACGAGAUGCGUUCAAAGCCAGAGGUCUGGUCCAGACUUGGCAGCUUCGACGUGUUGUUCAUCACAGUGUUAAAAUUGGAAACGCCGGCGGCCCUAGGUCGAAUCUCAAAACCACUUAUUAUUCUUACAAGAGAGCAGCUGCCCAACCUUCCGACCAUUCCGCUGUUCUUUUCCAACAACCAUCACUCAGAGGUUCACCCAGUAUCGCUGCCCACUCCCAUUCAAAUAUCAACAAGCGAUUCAGAAGCUCUAAAGGAGUUCACCUUCCGCAUAUUCAAAGACGUCUUCAGCAAAGAAUAUGAGGCAUCCGUAGCUGACAUACCUUACUUUCUAGCACCAACCAGAGAGGAUCACUCUGUCAAGCUCUCUCAAAUAGAUGAUCCGGCUUCCCUGAUUGAUUGGGCUCAUCUGGGGGCUACAAAGGGCAAGGAAUAUUUGGAUUGGAACGAGAACACACCUCAAGAAUUCUUUAAAGACAAACUAGUCAUUGAUCAGUAUGCAGGAUCUCGCAAGUUUUAUCUUCGCGGCCUUCGGACUGACAUGAAGCCCACGGAUCUGGUGCCUGCAGGUGUUCCUGAUCCUGGUCACAGGGCAUGGCGAGACGACAGCAUAGAGAAGAACAUCAUUGAAUACAGUGUCAGUCUCUGGGCAAAAGCUCGACAAAAGAGAACAUGGCAAAAGAACCAGCCAGUUGUCGAGGCCGAAAUUGUGUCUCUGAGAAGAAACCUUCUUGAUGAUUCUAUUAAAGCCAUGACAGAAGAACAACGAAUCUGCUAUGUCAUCUUGGAACCUCUGAGAGUAUCAACACUCCCUUUUGAAGUCGCGGUCAUGGCGUCGACGUUUCCAGCCAUAAUUAGCAGGAUUGAUUCUGUUAUGAUUGCACUUGAUGCUUGCAAGAUGCUGAACCUCGACAUUCGCCCAGAUUUGGCGCUGGAGGCUUUGACCAAAGACUCAGAUAACAGCGAAGAGCAUGACCGGGAAAAGAUCAAUUUCCAAAGCGGCAUGGGAAACAACUACGAGCGGUUGGAGUUCCUGGGUGACUGCUUUUUGAAAAUGGCUACGACCAUUGCCAUUUUCACUUCCAGACCAGACGAGGAUGAAUUUGAUUACCAUGUUCAACGCAUGCUACUGAUCUGCAAUCGCAAUCUUUUCAACAAGGCAGUCGACAAAAGACUCUAUGAGUAUGUUCGAUCGCGGUCAUUCGAUCGACGUAGCUGGUACCCCCAAGGACUGCAGCUGAAGCGAGGCAAACAGAGUCAGCCUGCCAACAAGCAUGCGCUUGGGGACAAAUCGAUUGCCGAUGUUUGCGAGGCUCUCAUCGGUGCGGCAUAUCUGACUUACGCCGACUGUGGGAACUUUGACAUGGCCAUUCAAGCGGUGACUGCCAUGGUCAAGGAUAAGAAUCAUCAAAUGACCUCUUGGAGUGAUUACUAUGCCGCUUACAUCCCUCCUGAGUGGCAGUUUAGGAAGUCAACGGCAGUGCAACGUGAAAUUGUGCGCCAGAUCAAAAACGAGAUGGGAUAUGAGUUCAAGUCCCCUGCCCUUUUGCGGAGUGCCUUUAAGCACCCUUCCUACCCCAAGGCUUAUGAGAGCUUGCCAAACUACCAACGUCUGGAGUUUCUCGGCGAUGCGCUGCUUGACAUGGUCUGCGUCGAUUUUCUUUUCAACAAAUUUCCGGGCGCCGAUCCGCAGUGGCUCACAGAGCACAAAAUGGCGAUGGUCAGCAAUCAAUUUCUUGCUAGUCUUUGUGUGAAGCUAGGCCUCCACAAGCAUAUCCUCAUUGGAACUUCUGCAAUGCUAAGCCAAAGAGAAGAGUAUGUAUCCUCGCUCAAUUUGGCCAAGUUUGAGGCUGAAGACAAAAUUGGCGACCAAGACGUCUUCUCGCAAGACUACUGGACAAACGUCAAGCACUCGCCCAAAUACCUCUCCGAUGUUGUCGAAGCUUAUAUUGGUGCCGUGUUCGUCGACUCUCGCUACGAUUUUGGUGAAGUCCGCAAGUUUUUCGAUAAAAAUAUUCGCCCCUUUUUCAAUGAUAUGGCGCUUUACGACUCGUUCGCCAGUGGUCAUCCAGUCACGAAGCUCGGCCACAUUCUGCACGAACGGUUUGGCUGUAGGGAGUGGCGCUUGAUGGCGACUGACUGGGUUCCCUCAACUGAUGAGGGUGCCAGCGUCAUAACAGGCACAAGGAUCCUUUGCGGAGUGUUGUUUCAUGGACAAGUUGAAUUUCAUGCCACUGCGGAGAGUGUACGUUACGCUAAAGUGGCGGCUGCCAAGAGGGCACUCGCCGUGCUGGAGGGCAUGACUGAAAGCGAUUACAAGCUCAAAUUCGCAUGUGACUGCAAACUAGCGGAAGCUGAGAGCACCACCGAACUUACUACUACGAUUUGA